AUGAUAGGGAGGUUUCAAGAAUUGCACAGUUUUUGCAAAAUGAAGCCAUUUUGGAAGUAUAUCCAGCACAUAGGUGUAGAAGAAUCUGGUUCAGCUUUUAAUAAAGGGGAUGGGACCAUUGAAGCAAGUGCUAGUCAAAACAUUGAGGUUGGUGAGGAGGCUUUAAAUGGUGCAACAGCUACUUCACCUACACCUACUGAUUCAGCAGCUGAUCCAGCAGCUUCUCCACCAAAUCCAGAUCCAGAUUCAUCCUCAACUGAGGAGGAAUCUGAUAAGUCAAGUGAAGAUAGUUCAAGUGAUGAAGACAGUGAUUUUUUUGGUGAUGACAUAGAUGAUUAUGGUAGUGAUAUACAUGAAGAGUUCUUAGAGUUUAGGGCUGAGAGAAAAUCUUUCCAGAGAAGAAAAAGAAAAGAAAGAGCUCCUGCUGAUCCUGAAAAUGUUCCAUGUGGU